CCAGGGGCGGCGAGGAAAGAUUAAAGACCGAGUCGCUCGUAUUUAGGCAACAUGUUUUUUUUUGGUAACAGUUCGGAGUUCGGCAUUUAUUUUCAUUUUGAAACCCUUUCCAUGAUUGCAAUUACGCUCGAUUUUUUUGCAAAUAAUAUGAAAAUAUGUCAGCAAAUAUGCAUAAUAUAGUAGAUAUAUUUUAGAAAAUGGUGAAUAAUUAUAAAAAGAAACUUGAUAUUUGCGUGUACAUCAUAAAUGAAGCGUAGAAGAAUCUAAAUAUAUGAUGUCGGGGUAAUACUCUUCUCACCCGUUCUAAUGCAAUAAACAACACCAAAAGACAAUUUCCCGAUGAUGACUAACAAAAAUAUUCGUGUGAAAGCGCGGUCUCAACAAUAAACAUUUCAUGUUUGCUUUUCUUCUAAGGCAGAUAGUUUCAAAUAUAAGAUUGACCAUUUCUAACAAAGUUGUCAAACGUUCAACAACCACCAAUUCUGCUACAUUAAUUUUCUUGUCUAAAAUAAAAGCUACGCAAAAUAUAACAGAAUGUUUAAAUGUUUCGAAAUUUGCUUUCUUGCGCUUGUCACCAUAACCACAGCAAAACCCCAAUGGUUGAUAUCACACCCUUAUGCCGCUUCCUUUGCUGUUGCCACACCAUCGGUGGCUUUCUCGGCACCCUCGUAUGCUGAGCCCUAUUAUUCCUCAUAUUCUACUGUUCCGUGGUGGUCUUCAUAUGCCGCUUAUCCAUUUGCUGGCUCCUAUUGGUAAAGGAAAAACUAUCUACGAAAAUAAUUUUAUUUCAUAUAUGCACAUGUUUUGUAAAAAUGUAUGUAUAGUUUAAAAAUUUUUAAACAUCAACAAAUAUAAAACAUUUAACUUACAUAUAUUAAAUGAAGUUUUCUAAUAA